CGACGGUGAUUUCCUCAGGAAAAAUCAUAGAUAUCAAAAAAGUCGGCAGAAGAGGUGAUUCGACCGGCUCUUCGUAUUCAAAACAGAAAAUAUAGAUGUGAGAUUCUUGUGGUUGGCUAAAAUGGAUCAACUUAAAGUUAAUCUGUGGGUGAAGAUGGAACCUUUCAUAGUGGGAGCUUUACAAAUCCCACCUCCAUCCAAGCUUAGUAUGCAUUAUCUUCGAAAGAUGGCCACUUAUGUCCGGAUGCGUUCCAGCGAGGGCUAUUAUCCUUAUCUUUUCUGGCCUAUGUGGCGACACAUUGCCUGUGGGAAGCUGCAGUUAGAGAAGGACCUGGCUUGGCUAUAUUUUGAGCUGUUUGACAGUCUUGUUGAACGGACUGCAGAGGAGCGACUGGAAUGGGCAGAGGUGAUAUCGAGCUGUGCAACUGAGGAAGAAGCAGAGAAGCACCGAAACAAGUUAUCUGUGAACACACUGCAGUUCCUGCUGUUCCUCUAUAUACAACAACUAAACAAAGUUUCCCUGAGGACAUCUCUUGCUGGAGAAGAGUGGCCAAAUCUUAAAUCCAAGUCUUACAGCCUGACUGGAGAAUCUGCCAGCCAAAUUAAGAACUGGAAUGAUAGCUACCAUCAAACCUUCGUCCAGAACCACCUCCAGGAUCUUCUAGAACUCUUACUAGAUCCAGACCAGCUUACUGCCUCCUCUCACUCCACUCACAGUAGCCUGGUGACUUCUGAAGCUGUCAGAGCUCUCAGCUUUCUGAUUGAAGGGUGUGUGAACAAAAACAAGACUGUCCAUCCUCUGCAUGAGCUUGCACUUUGGCAGCCAUUGCAUGCAAGCAGUGGUUUUUCAAAGAUCUCCAAAGCUUUCUGUUUCCCCAAGCUAGAGUCUUGGCUGAGGGCUUGUCUGACUGGGAACCCCUUUGGAACAUCAACCUGCCUCAAAUUUGGGAAGAAGCUUGCGUGGGCACAACAAGUUGAAGGAGCAACUAAGCGAGCCAAGAUAGCUUGCUAUACUUAUAUGGUCCCUUCAGGACACCGCAUAGUUGUGAUGAGCCAAGUCUACAAGCAAACUCUGGCAAAGAGCUCAGAUACUCUAGAAGACAGUCAUGUGAAGAUUCAUCGCUGCUGUGAAUCCUUCAUUUAUUUGCUGUCUCCCCUGCGAUCUGUGAGCAUAGAGAAGUGUAGGAACAGCACCUUUGUCCUGGGCCCAGUGCAGACAGUUGUUCAUCUCCAUAGCUGUGAAAAUGUCAAAGUGAUUGCCGUCUGCCGCCUUCUGUCUCUGUCAUCUACCACCAAUUGUACUUUGCACGUUCUCACUCCAACUAGACCACUUAUCCUACUGGGCAACCAAGCAAUAACUUUUGCCCCCUUCCACACUCACUAUCCAAUGCUUGAGGACCAUAUGGGCAGGACUGGCUUGGCUACAGUGCCUAACUAUUGGGAUAAUCCCAUGUUGGUGUGCAAAGAUAACUGUGACUGGAAGGUCUUCCGAUUUCUCCCACCCUCAGAGUUUUACCCCUUUGUUGUUCCAUUUGAAAUGGAAGGUGACACAACAGAAAUACCUAGUGGGCUGCCACUUGCAUACCAGAAGGCACUGAGUGAACGAGAACAGAGGAUACAGAUCUGGCAGAAGACUGUGAAGGAGGCAGGACUGACUAAGGAUCAGAGGAAGACAUUCCAGAUGUUGGUGGAGAACAAAUUCUGUGAAUGGCUAGUCCACACAGGCAGUCGUCAACAGCUUGACAGUCUGGUGCUUCCUGCUGCAGGUUCCAAACAGGCAGCAGGAUAGGAGAGUUUUUGAAAUGCCGUAAUGGUUUGCUCUGGUGAUUCAUUGUGCCAAACGGAAGGUUUUUUUGAAAUGCCAAAUAAUUAAUGCCUCUCAAAUGAUUAGUGCUUUUGUGGCAUUGAUAAGGAAUUUGGCUGGUGUCAUGAUCAAGAUGAUGAUGGACUUUCUCCUUCCCAUUACAGCUGCUAUGGUAUCAUCCCUUGCCUGAAUUUUUCUCAGGAAGACAGACUCUCCCAUCAGGGCCUGCCUAUUGCUUCUUUUGUUGAAACGGCUGAGAACAGUAUUUAAAUUUUCAGCAUAUGUUUUGGUGCCUAGAAAAGGAGUCACUUGGUAUGAACAGAGUCCCAACUGCUGAGUGAACCUCUUCCUUCUAUUAACUGUACAUUGAUCUUUGUAUAAAACUCACUAGAUGUAUUUUUAUAGCAGUUGUUUAGCACUAACUAUGGAAUUUAAUUAAGUGGAUAUGAUUUUUUGUUUUAUGUCGUUUUUCACAUUCAUUGAAUUCUAAAACAAGACUGUCACCUGAAAAGGUUGAGCACACAUCAGGAAAAUAUCCUUGCAGUAUGUAGAGUAACAUGGUGGCUCCUCCAUAUAAAGAAAAUUAAAUAUUAAAUAAAAAAUAAAAAAAUUAAAAAUAAAUAUUAAAUAUAGAAAAUUAAAUAAAAUUAAAUUUUCUGAAAUUAUAUGGGCUUUUCUAUUGAAAAAUGUUGCUUUAGAUAUUUUUAUCCCACUGUUCUCUCACACUGGGGUCUUGAAACAGCUUGCAUACAUUAAACCAAUACAAAUUUAAACAAAAAUAUACCAUCCAUCAGCUCACCAUUAAAAAACUUAAAACAGAUGAGCUCCAAGCAUGUCUCAUGCUGAUUCUGUUGGCAUAGUUCUCGAAGGGCCGUAAGUUUAAAAGCCUUUUGGCUCAUAUCUCUGGUUGAGCUCAGGCUUUAAGCUACCAGCAAAAGGGAAGAAGGGGCAGAUGCUCAGCCCAGGUCUUAUGCAGCCGCAUCCAAAUAUUUCCAUUUCCUAUCCAUGCUCACACCCCUGGCCAGGUGAAGGCUUUUAAGGUACCUGCACAUAGAAGAGAGGCAAAAAUAAGAUAUCAAAAUCAAAUGCCAAAGGGGAAAAAUCUCCUGCAGAAGUAGAGUUUUAAGCUGGAUGUCUUCCAAAUCCCAGUAACGUUUUUGUUAUGUUUUUGAUCUAUAGUGACUUCAAAGCAUGCAUGCCUAAUUAGUCUAAUACUACAAAUGUCAGCUUUCAUUAAUACGCUGGAUUCAUGGUGUUGGAAGGAAUAUCUUAAAAUUUUCCACUUACAAACUCUGUCUUUAAAAUGGUGACGCCUUCCCUGUUUGCUUCAUCCUGAGUAGUUCUGCAUUUCUGAAAGACUGCUUCAUACAUUUGUUGCAGAAUUGUGUUGACAUGAUGUUGCUAUAUCUUAGAAACUCAAAUACAUUCAAGACAGGCCUAUAGAAGCCCAGCAUCACAAUUUUAAUGUCUCCUGUUUAGCCUGUUUCAUGAUUUGUAAUGUGUUGGCUCAAGGUUACAGCACAAAAUAAUUAUGCCCACUUCCAGCAGAUUAAAACUAAUUGUUUUCACAAUAGUUUGAUUAAUGGAGCCGUUCCAGCAAGAUGUGUAUUUAGAAGUCUGGCAUGCCUUAUCCUGGACUUUCAAAAUGGGUUGUAUCAACUUUAAAUGAAAAAAAUU